GUCGUGUUGACUGACCCUGUGACCAUCGAGGUUGAGCUCAAAGUGAAGGGCAAUGUCGAAACCGAGGAUAAGGACUUGAGCUUGCUAGCUGUGCCAUUGACAUGCUCUGGUGGAUCUGGUUCGUCUCCAUUUGAGUACACUAGCAAGCUUAGCACAAUGGAGUUUAUGUUGGGAGAGAUAGCUUCAUCUGUGGAGGCCACAGUAUUUGUUCGAGUCACCGAUGGGUCAUGGCCAGAUGGUUUUCGUGGUCAAUUUGCUGCUCGUACCUCCAGUAUUGGUCAAGAGAAGGUCAUCCUUCUCGAUUUUGGAGAUGGCAACGUGACUGUUAACGCUGAUGGCAUUAUGAAGCUCUCUCGUCAUGUUGUUUCUGUUGAUGUUAGUGGGAAGCUGAAAGUUUCUUUCAAGGCAUGGCAAGAUGGUUGCAAGGUUGUGGAAGGAGAGGUGGUGUUCACGCCUGCGAAAGCAGGUAGAAGUUAUGGUACUCUUCGCUUUGGAUCCUGUAGAAUGGAAGUUCUUGUCGCUUGGUCGCUCAUUUCGCGUGAGCCUGAACCUGACUACUUGAUGUAAUGGUUGUGGAGCACAAUUAUGCAAAUAAUUAAAGUUUCAGA